GUGCGUGGCCGUUCCAGGAUGUCUGUUAUCACAGAAUCUCAGUGCAGCCUCCAGGAAAAUGAGAUGGGGGUGGAUCCCUGCACUUCUACACAAACCAGAAACAAUUCAUCAGCUCCUGUUCGGAGAAGAUCGAACAUUGUGAAAGAGAUGGAGAAAAUGAAAAACAAGAGAGAAGAAAAGAGAGCUCAAAUUAGUGAAAUUAGGACAAAACGUGCACAGGAAUUUGACAGCAGCUGUCCCAAUUGGGAGUUUGCACGGAUGAUCAAAGAAUUCAGAGCAACUUUAGACUGCCAGCCAAUAUCUAUAACUGACCCAAUAGAAGAACAUAGGAUUUGUGUCUGUGUGAGGAAGCGCCCCCUCAAUAAACAAGAACUUCUAAAAAAGGAGUGUGAUGUGAUCACUGUUCCGAGCAAGUGUGUCCUGCUGGUGCAUGAGCCAAAGCAGAAAGUGGACCUAACAAAAUACCUUGAAACCCAAGCAUUUAGAUUUGACUUUUCAUUUGAUGAAUCCUCUUCUAAUGAAAUGGUAUACAGGUUCACUGCUAGACCUCUUGUAGAGACCAUCUUUGAGGGUGGGAAGGCAACAUGCUUUGCAUAUGGCCAGACAGGCAGUGGCAAAACCCAUACUAUGGGUGGAGACUUCUCCGGGAGAACACAGAAUGCCUCAAAGGGCAUAUAUGCUUUUGCAUCACAAGAUGUCUUCCUCCUUCUAAACCAGCCCAGGUACAGGAGUCAGGACCUGGAAGUCUAUGUGACUUUCUUUGAAAUAUACAAUGGGAAGGUGUUUGACCUCUUGAAUAAGAAAGCAAAGCUUCGAGUCCUGGAGGAUGGCAAGCAGCAGGUCCAGGUCGUCGGUCUCCAAGAGAGACAAGUCGGCUGUGCUGAGGAUGUCAUCAGAAUGAUUGAGAUGGGCAGUGCCUGCAGGACAUCUGGGCAGACUUUUGCAAAUGCUAGCUCUUCACGGUCACAUGCCUGCUUCCAAAUUGUACUACGCCGAAGAGGGAAACUCUUUGGCAAAUUUUCCUUGGUGGAUCUGGCAGGAAAUGAGAGGGGUGCAGACACAUCUAGUGCUGAUCGGCAGACACGAAUGGAAGGUGCAGAAAUCAAUAAGAGCUUGCUGGCUUUGAAGGAAUGUAUCCGAGCUUUAGGGCAGAACAAAUCUCAUACCCCUUUCCGGGAGAGCAAGCUGACCCAGGUGCUAAGAGACUCUUUCAUAGGAACGAACUCAAGGACCUGUAUGAUAGCAAUGAUUUCUCCAGGCAUGAGUUCGUGUGAGUACACCUUAAACACACUGAGAUACGCUGACAGAGUGAAAGAGCUCAGCCCUCAUAAUGGAGGUGGUGAAACACAGAAUCAGAUGGAGACUGAGAAUGAGGAAACGGAGACCAGUGGAGAAGGCUCAGGUCACAAUCUCUCCAAGGAUGAGGAGGAAGAUCUCUCUCCCCACAUGUUCAACUUCCGUGAGGCUAUCACUCAAAUUAGUGAACGGGAGGAGAAAGUUGUAGAACAGCUUAGAGAACUGAGACAGGUACCUGAACUUGACUACCUCUUGGGAAUCACGGAGCAACCGGACUAUGAUCUUGAGACCUUUGUGAGCAGAGCUAAGCACUUUGUAGAGGAGAGCUCAAGAAACUUCCUUAGUGUCAGAGAAACGUUGGAUGCCCUGGGGGCUGCCAUGCAACUGGAGGAGCAAGCCAGCAAGCAGAUGAGCUGGCAGAGGCCUUAG